UUCUAAAGAUAAUAUCAUGAGUAUUUGUUCUCAAUUUGGAGUAUCAGAAGGUUCUGUAAUUCUUUAUAUUAAUUGUGUAAUGAAAGCAAUAAGAAAUAAAAAAUCAGAAUUUGUUCAAUGGCCUAAAGACAAUAAUCGAAGUGUUAUUCAUACAGGAUUUCAAAAUAUUGGUGGAUUUCAAAACGUUUAG